AUGAGGCUCAUUCUAUCUUCGGGAGGAGCCUUUGUGGCGGCUCUAGGGCUCAUGCGGUGUGCCAACCGAACUGACCCAGAACCGUGGAUACGAUACACGGGUGCUCCCCCUGUCUUCGGUAGCAGUGAACUCGCCAAAGGGCUAAAGAAUGCGCAUUACCGCUCGUUCAGUAGGUAUUCUAGAUGUGGCGUGCGGGUUCCCCAUUUACAAGGCUUCUUCCUCCUGGUCCGUGCGAUUGUGAUUAGCCAUGGCUACAACCCAGGUGACCACCCAAGAUACAGACAAUAUAAGAGAAGAGUAAAGACGGGGUUUUUCUGUGACAUGACCAAAUUGUUCUUGCCCUCUUUCCGAACGGAGGCAAGAUUUGGUAUCCGGAAGCAGCUGAAAAGGCUACAAAAGGAGAGGGAUGUGACAACCCCGGUAAAUUCGUAA